GGCUCUUGGAUAGCGAGUGGGGGCUUCGGGGGCGGCGGGGAGGGGCGGGAGGAUGAGCUCCGCCGGCGCCGAGAGCGGGGGGAAGAGCCUGCAGCACCGAGUGGACCACCUGCUGAGCGCCGUGGAGAGCGAGCUGCAAGCGGGCAGCGAGAAGGGCGACCCCACGGAGCGCGAGCUGCGCGUGGGCCUGGAGGAGAGCGAGCUGUGGCUGCGCUUCAAGGAGCUCACCAAUGAGAUGAUUGUCACCAAGAACGGCAGGAGGAUGUUCCCCGUGCUGAAGGUGAACGUGUCUGGCCUGGACCCCAACGCCAUGUACUCCUUCCUGCUGGACUUUGUGGCUGCUGACAACCACCGCUGGAAGUACGUGAACGGCGAGUGGGUGCCAGGGGGCAAGCCCGAGCCUCAGGCGCCCAGCUGCGUCUACAUCCACCCCGACUCGCCCAACUUCGGGGCGCACUGGAUGAAGGCGCCGGUCUCCUUCAGCAAAGUCAAGCUCACCAACAAGCUCAACGGAGGAGGCCAGAUCAUGUUGAAUUCCUUACACAAGUAUGAGCCCCGAAUCCACAUAGUGAGAGUUGGGGGUCCGCAGCGCAUGAUCACCAGCCACUGCUUCCCGGAGACGCAGUUCAUAGCUGUGACGGCUUACCAGAACGAGGAGAUCACAGCUCUUAAAAUUAAAUACAAUCCAUUUGCAAAAGCUUUCCUUGAUGCAAAGGAAAGAAGUGAUCACAAAGAUAUGAUGGAAGAACCCGGAGACAGCCAGCAAUCUGGGUACUCCCAAUCAGGGGGGUGGCUGAUUCCUGGAACCAGCACCCUGUGUCCACCUGCCACCUCCCACCCUCAGUUCGGAGGCCCCCUCUCACUUCCCUCCACGCACGGCUGUGAAACAUACCCGGCCCUGAGAAGCCACCGUCCAUCCCCCUACCCCAGCCCUUACGCACAUCGGAACAAUUCUCCAACCUAUUCGGACAACUCAUCUGCAUGUCUAUCCAUGCUCCAGUCCCAUGACAACUGGUCCAGCCUUGGAGUGCCUGCCCACACCAGCAUGCUCCCCAUGAGUCCGAACGCCGGUCCUCCUACGGGCUCCAGUCAGCACCCCAGCCUGUGGUCCGUGAGCAGCAGCACCGUCCCCCCCGGCGCCCAGACAGCAGGGAUGUCCAGCGGGCUGGGAGCCCAGUUCUUCCGAGGCCCUGCUGCCCGCUCUGCGCCCCUCGCGCACCCAGUCCCCGCUUCCUCCUCCGCGGGGUCCCCACUGUAUGAAGGGGCCGCCACGGCUGCAGACAUUGCCGACAGCCAGUAUGACGCCUCGGCCCACGCCCGCCUCCUAGCCUCGUGGACCCCAGUGUCGCCUCCGUCCAUGUGAACGAGGGCCCUGGGUCUUAAAAGACACAAUGACUUCUUUGUUGUGGCAGCAAGUGUUGAUUUGAUGGGCCAUCUCUGGGGCAAGGGGAGGAAAUUAGCCUCACUGUAAGGACGAGGAGGAACUCAAGUCUUGCUAUUUAUCAAGCGUCCCCCCCCCCCGACCUUUGCCCAUCUUUGGUGGUGGCAGUGCCGUCCCGGGUCCUUUAUGUGCUGCAGAUGAAUUCGAGUAUGGAGGCCAUGCAGUUGGCCUAUUUUACCAUGAUUCACAGUAAAAAUUACUUGCUCACGUCCAGAAAUUUUGUUUCU